CUCAGUUGGGACAGGAUGGGACAGACCGCAACCUUACCCAGUAGAAGCGGGGGAACCUAUGUCUCAGAACUUUACGAGUGGUUUAGGAAGUUCCUAAACGAGUGUCCCAGUGGUCUGAUCACUUUGCAUGAGUUCAGGCGGCACUUCUGCAAUGGAACUGUGGGAACAGAGUCUGGAGAGUACGCUGAGCAGAUAUUCCGCACACUGGACAAAAAUGAGGAUGGAGUUGUUGACUUCCGAGAGUAUGUGACGGCCAUCAGCAUGCUGAUCGAGGGCUCAUCAGUGGACAAGCUUCGCUGGUCAUUCAGGCUCUUUGACAAAGACAAGGAUGGAGCCAUAACACGGUCUGAGAUGCUCGAAAUCAUGCAGGCUGUGUACAAGAUGAGUGUUGCAGCUUCCCUGACCCAACCUAAUCCACUGACUGCUGAGGAAUGCACCAACAGGAUAUUCGUACGACUGGACAAAGACAACAAUGCCAUCAUCAGUCUGGAGGAGUUCAUUGAGGGGGCACUGGAUGAUGAAUGGAUAAGAGAGAUGCUGGAGUGCGACCCCAAGACAGUGAAGGUGGAAAGACCCCCGAAGGGCCAUGCAGCAAUGUAGAGCGGUGGUUUUCAAGUCUAGCAUUUCUUACAGUUUAGGGGGCUUUCUCAUCUUGUGGUCUUUAAGACUUUUCAGUUUGAUCCAAACCAAAGUAGCAGGUGUGAAAGGGGCCAUGGUCCAGAUCAAAGCAUCAGAGUUUUGUCAGAACAAAAGAGCUGCUCUCCGUCCGCAUAUACUGAACACUUUUCUGCAUGGUUUUGACUUUUGGAUUUAGAUCUAAAAUAAAUUUAUUUACUGUAACUAAGUAUAAAGUGAGAGUGAGAGAAUGAAGUAUAUACAGAUGCAGUCACAUUGCCGAUGACAACAGGAUAAUAGUAUAGUUAUUUAGUCAGUUCACUAAACUGCAGUGUGAAACCAAAACUAACUGGAACAAAUAUAUACAAUGUAACGAAGGCGCAAACCUUUUUUUAGAUGUGUAAACAAGACAAUUCACUAAUCUACAUUGAUUGUUAUGCUAUAUUUGUUUAGAUUUAAUUGGUCAUUUAGUUUUUGUGUGGGCCACAAAACCUUUUGAGAUGGAUUAAUUGGGUCACAAGCUGACUUGGUUCCUGCUAAAAAAAAAACAGUUUAAGACCAGCUGUCCAUGCAGAAAAAAAAAACCAUAUACGCUGGUCAAGAAUUAUGUAAUGAGCUAGCCUACCAGCAUAGAGUAUGUUUUUUUCUGGAUUACCAGCUGUUGUAGGAUAGGCUGUAGAAUAUGGAGGUGAAUUUUGUCUUUAGAAUCAAAGAACAUGUUUUUUGUGUAAUGUGAAGCUGAUGUAUUUUCCGGCAAUUGAUUACUAAGAUCAAUAAUAAUAUUUCUGCCUUUUUGCCAGCAUUUCUUCAGUUGUAAUGUAUUAUUUGUGCCAUUAUGUUAAUCACCAUAUGCUUUCAUAUGAUGCUAUACAGGUUAACUGACUAAUUCCUAAUUCUUAAUUCUUCUAAUUCUUGACUAAUUAAAAC